CCUUAGGACUAUGAUGUGACUACCUAGGACUAAAAUGGUGACUACUCUCCGAGGAGACACGGCGCCGUUUCCAUGGUUUGCUGGGCUGGUCAACGCUGGGUCUAAACGUCGUUGCUCGGUGUUCAUGGUGCGGCUCUGGACUCAUCGGUGUCAAGGAGCCAGACUCUCUUGUUGGUGGCGCUGUCGCGCUUCGUCAGUGCUAGCGCACCCGAUCCUCAUGUUGCUCGCGCAAUCGCGCUUCGCAAUUUCUAGCGCGCCCGAUCCUCAUGUUGCUUCGCCGUUGCUAACGCGCCCGACUCUCAUGGCGGCGGGACUGGAGUGCUUCCUUGGCGCGGCGAGAUCCGAGUCACAUGCCCAACAAAUGGAUUCAAAUUCUUGAAGUUGAUGCCCUUUUCUGUAACCUGUGGCUUCUGCCACAAGUAAUAGAAAAACUUUGCCCUUUGUAAAAAAAAACACGGGAUAUCUAUUAUCUAGCUGCUUUGAGAGUUGGAAUGUGGUAAUGUAGCACUUUACUUUAUCGUAAGACGCAAUCAUAGUUUGAGGUCGUUUGGAAGUUGCGAAUGUUAAAUCGUUGCAUUGUAAUGAAUCAACAUAAUAUAAAGGAAUGUAUUGAUACAAUGGAUGCAUUUUAAUAAUACAUUGUUUGGUUAUUGAGAUUCUAUUUUAUGCAUUGAUUUACAUAAAGUUACUUUUAUGGGAAAAUGUCAUAUUUACUUUCAACUUUUAGUAUAAGACAAAAACUAUUAGGGAUAUAAAUGGAAAGAAAAAGUUGACACAAAUCUAAAAGCAAAAAUCACAACAAUUUCAACUUUUAGUUGAGAUUGUACAAUGCAUCAUUUUUUGUGAUUGUUGGUGGGACCUACCUAAAAAAAUGUAUUUAUUGUUUUACAUUUUGACACUUCCAAACAUUGUAUUGUGCACGAUACAUGCAUUCAACAAACACAACUCUAACAAUCACAACUUCCAAACGACCCCUUAGACUAUGGCAAUAAAUAAACGCAACUUGUAGGUGGAGAGGUAGUGAGACUGACAUAACACCCUCUAAUCAUAUCUCCAAGAAACUCUCGUUAAAGUGGAAGACAAAAUGUCAAUUGCAAAUGACAUCGUUCAUCCUAAAAAGGAUUAUAGGUAUAAUAUGCGACUCUAUUGUGACGUUUUAUCAAACAUGCCCUUUUAUUAUUUUUUAAAUCAAACAUGCCUUUUGUUUAAAUUUUCAUCCAAAAUCCGUUAAUCAAGGUCGAACUUUGGUUUGGGCGGCACAAAUGUCUAAAAUAUCCCUAAUAAUUUCACUUUUUUUUGUCUUUUGUAUUGCCAAAUAAUUCAAAUAAUUUCACUUUGAAGACACCUGGAGAAAUCAACGGGAGAUAAAACUGACAUUUUCUCUCCCAUUUGCCGAUGUCGGGUCGUCUAAAUUUCGGUUCAACCAUGAUUGACGAUUUUUUCAAUGAAAAUUAUAACAUAAGGGCAUGUUUAAUAUAUUUGUUUCUUCAUGCAGAGUUGAUAUGUAUCUCGAACCUUAUGUCGGGUCGUGAAAAGUUAAUUACGAAAACUCGGUUGUCACAUAUAUGACUGUUGUUCACGUGCAUAAGAUGUCGGGUCGUCUAAAUCUCGGUUGUCACAUAUAUGAAAUCAAUCAUGUACAUAGUAUCUCAUCCGAUUAUUGAAUUGGCAAUCAAAGGUGCAUUAAGAUGUUUUUAUACACGUUCACUGUUAAAUUCGAACAUAAGAUCUACUAAACCGCCGUAUGAGUGGAUUUUAACUUUUUCACUCUGGGUUAAAUUUUGGGAUCGGUUAGCUUGACUACCCCUAAAGGGGUAGUGAUUUUUGGCACCCCCUUUAUGAUUGGCCAAUUUUAUUUCCAAUCAUUGGCAAGUAUUAAUUAAACUGGUUUUUUAUUUUUUUUUAAUCUUGUAAUUUGGGGUCUCUCACCACAUUGGAAAAGAGAAAGAAUCUGGGGAAAAACGAAAUCACCCCCAUUAAUUACAUAAUUAAUUUCUCUCACUGGUACAUUAAUUACACGUACCACUCCACUGGUACACGUACCACUCCACUGGUGCGAGCAAUCCACAAGGUAGGUUAGAGUGAGAACAAUACCAGUGCAAUGAUAUUUUUCAUAACAAUGAUAAACAAUAACGGAGCAACAAUGCAGUACCACUUCAAUGAUACAAAUACCACUCCACUGGUACACGUACCACUCCAUUCAGAGGCGAUCCCAGGAUGGCGGCAGCUGGAGAUAGGAGGAUGGUGGUGGGGGAAGGCGCUGUAGGGUUUUGGUCGUUUCAGAGUAGAGGAGGGUUCUGGUUAAAAUGAAAUCAAAAUGGAAAG